AUGUUUAACUUUAUUCCAUCAUUAACGCCAAAUGACCAUGCAAAUUAUAUUUACAUUGCACUUGGUUAUGUUGCUCAUAAUAGUUCGUUUUAUGCCUCGCUUCAUGCACAACAAGCUCCACAACAAGAAAAUUUACACCAUAGUGAACCAACAUUUUCUAGUACUCUGAAUAUUAAUAACGAAACAAGUGAUACUUCAGAUAUUGAGUGGAAAGAACCAAACGAAAAUCGUGAAGAUAUCGAUAUUUUACUAUUUGUUGCAUUUUUAGAAGAGGUUAAGUUAGAUUAUCAAAAUGCUGGCAAACCACUACGUGCUGCAUUGGAUAAAUUCAAAGAACGUUAUAAUGUCACAAAAUCAAAAUCAAUUUCUCGGUUAUCUUUCUAUUUAUAUAAUUUAAAUCAUAAUAUGGAUCUAAUGGCUCGUGUUAAGAGUGAUACGCAAAUCAGAGUUCAAGUAGAAUCAGUUAAAAGACGUAAAGUAGAAAAUGGUAGAAGAAAGCGAAGAUUCCCUGCUUCUGCAAACAAAGAAAAAGAAAAUACGGAUCCUCAAACUAUUCCAGCACGAAAAAAGAAAAAAAUAG